AUGGCAGUAAAUGACCAGGAAGCAGUGGAGUGGAGUGAGUGGAGUCCUGCGCUAGCAGUGGAAGUGCAAUUCAUUACAAUAUUAGUAAGUGACAGCACUGCAGUGUGCCCUGAUUGCCAUGCAUUGCAGCAUAAGUACUGUAGUGCAGAGCUAUGGACUGCACUGCCUAUAUGUCUGCAGUCCAUUCUAAACAAGGGUCUGCACGUUCUAUUUGAACAUGCGGUGGGCUACUCUCUGUACCACGUCACUGAGUUUGAGGAUGUCGGGCAGAUGAUGCCUCAGGUGGAGGCGGCUGUCAAAGACUGUGGCAAGUUCCUGAAGGCAGUCAAACUUGUAGCAUUCAGAGCUUUUGAAAGUGCAGCAGAAUCGCUUGAAAAUGUCAACAAAAUUUCUGAAGGUAAAAUGUCAGACGUGUUGGAAGCAUUCCUGGCUAGUAACAAAUUUGACACACUUGGUGUGGCAGACCCGACCCUUGGUCAAAACGUCAAAGAUGUCUUCAGCUGUAAUGUGCUACACACCGGCAUAGUGCCCGAGAUAAUAUGCGGGAUCAGGCUGUUUUUGCCCCGGUACAUAACCGGACUUACGUUAUGUGCAAUGAAGCAAGCUGAGUUGGGUUUGGGCCAUGCGUACUCGCGCUCUAAAGUGAAGUUCAACGUGAACAGAGUUGACAACAUGAUCAUCCAGAGCAUCGCCAUCAACGACCAAAUGGACAAGGAUAUCAACACGUUCGCCAUGCGCAUGAGAGAGUGGUACUCGUACCACUUCCCAGAACUCUCGCGCAUUGUUGACAACCACUACCAAUACGCUCGAGUCCUGAAGGUUAUUGAAAGAAAAGAAUCGUUGAUGGAUGACUCCAAGCUGCCUGAGCUGGUGCAAAUAGUGCAGGACGAGAAUAAGGCUGAAGAGAUCAUCAAUGCUGCUCGCAUGAGCAUGGGCACGGAUAUCAACGACGCGGACAUGGCAAAUAUUCUCAUGUUUGCUGAGCGCGUCAUCAGCCUAACGUCAUUCAGACGCAACAUGACUGGCUACCUCAGCAACACCAUGAACAAUGUCGCGCCUAACCUGGGCGCUGUUGUUGGUGAUCAGGUUGCAGCUCGCCUCAUUUCCCAUGCAGGCUCUCUCACCAACCUGGCCAAGAUGCCGGCGUCAACUGUUCAAAUUUUAGGAGCAGAAAAGGCUUUGUUCCGUGCAUUGAAAACUCGCAGCAACACGCCCAAGUAUGGCCUCCUCUACCACGCCUCUUUCAUUGGCAAGGCUGCAUCCUCAGACAAGGGCAGGAUAUCCCGCUUCCUGGCCAACAAAUGCUCUAUUGCCUCGCGCAUCGACUGCUUCAGCGAAAGCUUGUCCACGAAGUUCGGAGAGAACUUGCGUCAGCAGGUGGAGGACCGCCUCAAGUUCUACGAGAGCGGCGACAUCCCGCGCAAGAACCUCGAGGUUAUGGCAGACGCCCAGCGCGAGCACGACGCCUUCACCGCCAGCGAAAAGAAGACCAAGAAAAGGAAACGAGACGACAACCUUGUCUGUCAUGGCGAAAACGGACACGAUGAAACUUUGAACGGGACUCCAGAAGAACCGCAGCUCAAGAAGAAGAAGAAGAAAAAGAAGAAGCCCGAGGAAGAUGCGAACCAGACGCUGGCUUGCGUGGAAGAGCUGCACCGUGAGAACGAUGAGACUAGCGAAACUCCCGCCAAGAAGAAGAAAAAGAAGAAGAAGCAGCGCGAGUCGAUCUAGUCCAGCAGACGCUAUUUCCGUGCGCGGCCACAGUGCGAUUCUCAACACGCGGCCAUCUAUCAAAUUCCACUGUUUUCGAUUUGUGAGCAGGAAAAUAAAAGUUAUAAUAGUCA